GUUAAAAACACAAUUUUGAUUGGAGUCAGUCGAGUAAAGUUGCAAUAAAUAUGUUUGUCUUUUUUGUUUUUGUGAAAUAUUUUUGAUAUAUUCUCUGUAUUUUAAUUGCAGUAUACAAAUAAAUAUUUUUUAAAGGACUUUUAAAAGGUAGUCAGUGAAAGUUGAAUAACCAAACUACAUUACCCAGAAGUCUAAUCUUCACCUUGAAGUUAAAACUACUAAAUUCUAAUACCAUUUCAUACUCAUUAUUUUGGAGUUGUUUUUCUUUUUCUUUUUUGUAAAUAGUGUGAUUUUAUAACGUAGUGAGUUCCUGUCCGAAUUAAAAAUCAAGUUUAAAGUAAUGCUUGAAAACGUCAAUCUGUCUGUUGGAGCUAUUGACCAAUAGCAGACGUCCGUCCUUUCACCCGAGCAGCCAAUCAUCGGCGCCGUUCUUGGAAGGCGGCAUCGGGUGGAGGACUGCGUUAGUUUGCGCUGUGUUUAUUGUUAAGGUUGUGUGGAUUAGCACUGCGGUGACAAGUUUGUUAUCAUAAUAGCCACAUUUUAGCUUCAAGAAAAGCUAAAGAUGGACGUGCGGUCCGGUUGCGAAUGGACACGCCUGUGGGACUUUACUAUGAUGUGUGAGCUGACUGUGUUUGCGGGCUGCUGUUAGGAACCGCACUGCGGGGCAAACAGACCCAACACUGCACCCGGACUGACAGCCAGAGGAAGGAUAGUGAGAAGGGAGGUACAUCUCCUGGUACAGGAGGUGGGAGGGGCAGCAGGAGAGAAAUUUAAAGGGGUAUUCUUGCAGAGGAAAACAACAGCUCCAGUUUUAUUAAUAAUCUAUAAUGUGGGGAUGAAAGGCGAAUCUAUUAUUUGUGGUGAGAAGAAUUUAUUAGGUAAAUUAAACAUAAAAAGGGGGGAUAAAAGUAAUUAAAUUAACCAUGAUUAUAAAUCAGAAUUGAUCUCUCCAAGUACCCCCUGGUUCUCCAGCCAGAUUGAAGCUGGUAAUGGCAAAUUCUGUGGCCUUGGUUGUCCAGGCAGAACUCCUGCCACCUCAGUCUGCUGCCUCCCUAUCUCCUUUUCCAACGCUUCUCGUCUCGGGAGAGGAUGGCGAUGAAGACCGGGAGACGGGGGAGAUGGCAGAUGGAGACAAAAGUGUUGGGAAAGGCGGAGAGGAAGUGGUUCUGGACAUGGUGACAUCAGCGGUUUCGGGUGCGCCUCAGCAGCACGACCAGUCGGAUCAUCCAUUCCAGUGCCUGGACUGCGGCAAGAGCUUCAGGUGGUCGUCCAGGCUGACCCACCACCAGCGGAGCCACAACAACGAGAGACCCUACCGCUGCAGCCUCUGCCCCAAGGCUUUCAAGGGCUCAUCUGCUCUGCUCUACCACCAACGGUCUCAUUCAGGGGAGAAGCCUUACAAAUGCCAAGACUGUGGCAAGGCUUUCAAGCGCUCAUCUCUUCUCCAGGUCCAUCAGAGUGUUCACACGGGGGUCCGCACUUUUUUGUGCCCCUAUUGUCCCCUGACUUUCAAGUGGAGUUCUCACUAUCAGUACCACCUGCGGCAGCACACUGGAGAGUGCCCGUACCCCUGUGACACUUGCCCCAAGGCUUUCAAGAACUCCAGCAGCCUCAGGCGACACAAAAACGUCCAUCUUGGCUUGAAGCCCUACACGUGCUCGGUGUGCAACAAGUCCUUCACCCAGUCCACAAACCUGAGGCAGCACAUGAGGAUACACACAGGCGAGCGGCCGUACAUCUGCGGCGAGUGUGGGCGAAGCUUCACACAUUCGUCCAACUUAGCGCUACACAAAAACUCUCACUCCAGCCUCAACGCAGGACAGAAGGAGGGGAAGAAGGGAGUUGAAGGAGGGAAAGCAAAUGAAGUAGUGGAGGUGGUCGUCGGGACGGAGGAAGUAACGUCGUCCAUGUUGACGGACAUGGUGGGAUUUGUGAGCCAGGAAGGGGCGGAUGGAGUCGGGGUGGGGAUGGAGGAAGUGUUCCUGUCAACCGCUGCUCCUGGCUCGAAUCCAGAUCUCCUGCCACAACUCACCCUCGCUCCCUCCGGGGAGGCCGUGUGCACGACCAGGGCCAUCGGCACCGAGGUUCACCUGAGCACUGGCUCCGGGGCCAGCGUGCUGCUGUACAGCUGCGGCAGCUGCAGCAGCACCUUCAGCACACGGAGGCAGCUGGAGGAGCACCAGGCCAUCCACAUGGCUCCUGAGGAGCACCGAGCCGGUGGAGAGGCGGGACAAGGGGCAGGGAUGGAGGUCGGGGAUGGACUUGUGGGUGCUGGACACCUCCUGGCUGAUUUUGAGGAAGUUGUGGAGACGACUUCGGUGGCUGAAAGCGGACACUCGACUGAGGUGCUACUUGGGUUAGCAGAUGGUGGUAGUACAGUCUGUCCUCAGAGUGUGGCCACCACCCAGGCUCAGUUUGAUCUUCUGCAAAGCUUCACAGAGGUGACUCAGAACUCCAGUGCUGCUCAACCAGAGGCCAGAACCACAUGGGCUGGGCUGUCAUGUGGCUACUGCAAUAAGACCUUCAAGACCAGCGGAGGCCUCAACAGACAUGUGUCACUGAUGCACGCCCUUUCAUCGCAGUCCCGCUCCCAGUUCAGCUGCUCCGCCUGUGACCGUUCUUUCCCACUUCUCUCCUCGCUGCUCACCCACCAGCACUCCCACACCCCGGAGCAGCGUCUCCUGGCCGAGGCGGAGGCCGAGAUAGUGUGUCCUCCCUCGCUUUCCCUGUCGCUCCCUCUGCCGUCCUCUCCAGGUCAGGCCGAUAAGCAGCAGGAGUCUCAGGGGGAGCUGCACGUCAACAUCGUCGCUGUUGGACAGGAGCAGGAGGAGCAGUCGGCCAAGGCAACGAAACCCCACAAAAAGACAGGAUCCAGUAAGAGCACUCCGGCUGGAGAGAGGCCAUACCGCUGUUUAGAGUGUGGAAAAGCCUUCAAAGGUUCGUCUGGGCUGAAGUAUCACAUGAGGGAUCACACCGGGGAGAAGCCCUACCGCUGCACAGAGUGUGGAAAGAGCUUCAAGAGGUCGUCCCUGCUCUCUAUUCAUCAGAGGGUACAUACGGGAGUGCGAGCAUUCCAGUGCCCUCACUGUCCUCUUACCUUCAAAUGGAGCUCUCACUACCAGUACCACUUACGGCAGCACACAGGUGAAAGGCCAUAUGUGUGUAAAGAGUGUGGCAAGUCCUUCAAGAACACCAGCUGCCUGCGCAGACACAGUCAGAUGCAUUCUGGACUGCGGCCUCACAGAUGCUCCAUCUGCUCCAAGUCAUUCUCGCAGACGUCAAAUCUCAAGCAGCAUGAACGAACUCAUUCUGGGGAGAGACCUUUUCAGUGCACCCACUGCACCAAAAGUUUCACGCACUCUUCGAAUCUUCAGCUUCACCUUCGCACACACUCAUUACGCAAAGACUACAAAUGCCCUUACUGCUCCAAAGAGUUCGUCAUGCACUCGUAUCUGCAGAGACACAUUCGCACACACGGCAGUGACGUUGCCCUGCCGGACGGUGGGGGUAAAGAUGGCAUGGCUGUGAAAGCCAAUGUGGGAGGAGUCACAACCACCACAACCCUGCUCAACCCCAUCACUCUGAAAGCCUCGGAUAACAGUCUGAUUGUCUCCCAGCCAGCACUUAAUAUUCCUCCAAACACCUCCCAGAACUAUUUUAUGAUUCAGACCGCCAGCGGCCUGCAGCUCAUUCCUCUCUCCUCCCCUACACCGGUUUCUCCUCCUCCACCCCCUCCUCCUCCACCUCCUCCUCAGACCCAGUCACAAAACUUUCUCCUCCUGCAGUGCCCCUUAAAUAACGGCAGCCAGUCGAGUUUGAUUCUGGUUCCUGCCGCAAACAACCCUCCUCCGCCGCCUGAUCCUCAGUCCCUUCCUGUCCUUCAGACCAUACAGUCAUUCCAGCCCGUCGUCAGCCAAACACAAACACAGAUACCCCAAUUUCCAGCUGUUUCUCAGCAACAGCAGACCAGAAUCAUAAUUACCAACAAUAAUAACAAUGCACACCCUCCCGUCUCCAUGACAACUCCCAGCAUCUUAACCAGCUCCCUGCUGACCAAGCCCAUAUUAGGGAGGAGCACGCGGACAGCGCGGGGUCGCCGGGGGCGCAAACCCAAAGCCGCUCUUCAAGAAUCUGCAACAGUUCCUGUCACUCCAACUGUAGGGGGAGCUGUUCCUGUUACAAACUGUGCAGUGGAGAGUGGCCCCCUCCCUGAAAGUGCAGCUUCAGCUGCCCCCGUGUCCUCGCCCUCUGCUCUGUCCCUGGUUCCCAGCUGUCCCCUGUCAACAUCCUCCUCGCCCGUUGCCCCAACGCUUCUUUCUCCAUCUUCCACCGCCGGAUGCGAGCUGGCCGUCUCCAUGGCCGCUACAGCACCUGUAUGUUCUGCUGAUUCUCCAGGGGGGGAAGCUGAUUCUUCUGUCAGGGAGGGGGAAAGUCUGAUGGGGAAACGGCUGGUUUUAUGUUUUGACAGUGAAGAACAAGCAAAAGAUGGAGUGAGUCUCGAGCAGGCCGGGGAGUCAUAUGUGCUACGGUUUGAGGGAAAUGAACCCGGGGAGGUCUUUGAUGAUGUGGUGGGGGGAGAUAGACAAUCACUUGUGUUGCAGUUCAAGACAGACGGGGAAGGUGAUGGUGAGAAGGGGGGAGAUAAAGGAGGUAUGAUGUCACUUCUGCAGGAAUGGGGUGAAGAAAAACAGACCGGGAGCCAAGCUGGAGGCGAAGGCACCCAGGGGGAGUCUUACGUUCUCCACUUUCAUACUGAGGCAGAAGACAGUGGUCCACCCACAGCAUCCUUCAGCCAAGAGCAGGACAACAGCCUGCAGCUGCCCUGCAUUCCUAACCAAAGUUUAGUACCCCUGGAUGGACAGGAGGUGGUGUUUGAACUCGGAAGUGAAGCAAAAAUGGAGCAAGAAGGCGAGGAGGGUAUGCAGAUGAUAGCCCUGAUUAAAGGAGAAGGAGGGAUGGUGGGAGAGAGCAGCACAGGUUGUAACAGUGCAGGGGGCGCAGUGACUGAAGAAGAGCGAGCAAUGGAAAGUAUAUUUCAGCUGGAACACGGGGAUGAAAUUGUAAUAAUUGAAGUCAGCACAAGUGGCUUAAGAGAAGGUAGAGUGGAGCCAGAGGCAGAAGGGGAGGCCGCACACGGCGGGGACGUGAAGGGCGAAAGCGUCACACCAGAGUCCAACGAAAACCCUGGAAAGAAACACAGUUCAUCAGAGUGUGUGGAUCAACAAGCAUCAGCUGAAGACGUGGAAAACGAGGACGCCAUAUCUAACUCCAAAGAGAGUCAGUUCUCUGCCUGAGAGCUGAUCCAAUGGGACUGAAUGCCUCACUCUGUGAGCCGUUUGCUAGCACUUUAGUCAAGAAGUUCUCCUGAACUUAGAGAGAACAUUCAGUUAGUUGAGUAUUGUGGUGUAAUGCCAUGAUGUCACACACUAGAAAUGUUAUACAUUCAAAUAGGCUCUACAUGGACCUCCAAAUAUUCCUAAAUAUAUUAGUUAAAUUAUACUGUCAAUGGCAGUUUAUUUAGUAAAAUUUGUGAAUAAAUGUUGUACACACUUUUUUCUUCACUAUAGUAGUAGUUAAUAAUACCUAUUAAUAAAUCUCAUUGCCUUUCAACAUUUGUUUUUGUGUUUACUAUGGAAAGAUGCAAUUUUGUUAAUGAAUGUAAGGAAAACUUCAAAAAAUAUGUUGCACCUUUUUAAUCAGUGUUGUCACUUUUGCAGUCAAUUUAAUAAUAUGAAAAAUAAAUGACAUAAAA